AUGGCAACCACGGCAACAAUCACCGACCUCGCCCUCGAAGUCGGAUCCCUCCGCGUUCUCGGCCCCCUCGAACAAUACGGCAUCGAACUCGGCGACGCGAUCUUCGAGAGGAAAUUCAAAGACAAGAACGAAUCAGUUUCCGUCCGUCAUGGCAAACACCAAGAAGCCGACGUGAUCGUCAAGAUUUUCCAUCAGAAAAACCCAGACAACACCAGCGGCCGCUGCGAUCGCGAAGUCGCAGCGCUCAAGAAACUCACAGAAUCCGCGUGCGAGUACGCGCCGACUUUCGUCAAGGAUUUCAGCAUCGCGGCAACGAGUGGCGGAGCAGAUCGCUAUGUGAUUAUAAGCAAAUUGCCAGGCUUCGACCUGUCGGAACGAGAGAAAUGGGAGGGCUACGUCGCGAUCGAAGAUAUGCGGGAGUACUUCACGGUAGCGCAGAAGGCGGUGCUGGAUUGUGGCGUGGACAAUGGGAGCCAUAGCGAUCGCAACAUCAUGUUCGAUCCUGUUCAGGAGAAGUGGUAUUGCCUUGAUCCGCCAGCAAUUCUCAAACCACAACGCUUUCUUUCCCAACUCAUCCCCAUGGCUCUCACAACAAAAUACGGCGCCGAGCGGCAAUUCCCCGACACCGUGGCCAGCGACUGCGGAAACUUCCACGUCGAGCUGAUUCGUCCAUACUUCGUGCGCAAAGUCAAAACCAACAACACCGUCACCGCCGUCUACGAUGCUCGCAUGAAUGGGCAGGAUGUGAUCCUCAAGGUUCACCAUCUCCUGUAUGCCAUGCCAUGCCAUCUUCAGACCUUGCUGCUGACCAGUCCCAGAGGUCUCAAAGACUUCAGCCUCCGCGCUCAAGGCGAAGCAAACGCUCUCGCCAAACUGGAUCAAGCUGGUUGCCAGUAUGCACCGAAGCUUCUUGGCCACUUCCGCAAGACUUUUGGUGGCGUUGUCUGCGGCACGGAGAUUUAUGUGGUGAUCAGCAAGGUCCCUGGCUACUCGCUGGAUUCCAACACAGCGUGGCGGUCCACGUAUGAGGGAUACGAGAAGGUGGAGCGCGCCUUCGAGAUUGCUCAGAAGUCCAUCCUUGCCUGCGGUGUCGACAAUGCUGGACACGAGGCGGGCAACAUCAUGUAUGACCCGGAUCAAGAUAAGUGCUACAUCAUUGACUUCGAGUACUCCGACUUCCCUCAGCGUCGCUACAUGCGCCACCUGCCUGUCAACUUUGCCGAUUGGGUUGGUCCUGGUCCAGCUCGUCCAGCUUCCGAGCCUGCCAUGAAUCCCCCAGAGACGCCACGGCUCUCGCUUGGUGAUGGGAAGAGAGACGAUGCUUUCACGAGCUCACCAUCUACACUCAAGUCGGAGUCUGAAGAAGAUGAGAAGCUUGAUGUCUCGGUCGCGAGCUCUCCAGAUGCCGAGAAGAUGGGCUUCGAGCUGAUCGGAUAG